GAGGGGCCGGGCGGGGGGCUGGCGGCAGCGGCGGAUGGACUCGCGGGUAUCGGAGCUGUUCGGCGGCUGCUGCCGGCCCGGAGGGGGCCCGGCCGUGGGCGGAACCCUCAAGGCUAGGGGGGCCGGCAGCAGCAGCGGCUGCGGGGGGCCAAAGGGAAAGAAGAAGAACGGAAGGAACAGAGGGGGCAAAGCCAACAACCCCCCGUACCUGCCCCCCGAGGGAGAAGGGGAGUACCCGGGAAAAGAGCAAUAUGUUCCACACGGACACACACACAGUACUCGGGAAAAGAGCAGCUGAAGAUGGAAACAUUGAAUAUAAAUUGAAGCUGGUGAAUCCAUCCCAGUACCGCUUUGAGCACCUGGUGACACAAAUGAAGUGGCGGCUCCAGGAGGGACGUGGUGAGGCCGUCUACCAGAUUGGGGUAGAGGACAAUGGGCUGCUGGUGGGGCUGGCUGAGGAGGAAAUGCGAGCUUCGCUCAAGACCCUGCACCGGAUGGCAGAGAAGGUUGGGGCAGACAUAACCGUUCUUCGAGAGCGAGAAGUGGAUUAUGAUAGCGACAUGCCCCGGAAGAUCACCGAGGUGCUAGUACGAAAGGUCCCUGACAACCAACAGUUCCUAGACCUCCGUGUGGCCGUCCUGGGGAAUGUGGACUCCGGGAAGUCAACUCUGCUUGGAGUCCUGACCCAGGGAGAGCUGGACAAUGGGCGGGGCCGGGCUCGGCUCAACCUUUUCCGCCACCUGCAUGAGAUUCAGUCUGGCCGAACCUCCAGCAUCAGCUUCGAGAUCCUGGGCUUUAACAGCAAGGGAGAGGUGGUGAAUUACAGCGACUCACGGACAGCAGAAGAGAUCUGUGAGAGCAGCUCCAAGAUGAUCACCUUCAUCGACCUGGCAGGCCACCAUAAGUACCUACACACCACCAUCUUUGGCCUCACAUCAUACUGCCCCGACUGCGCCCUGCUCCUCGUCAGUGCCAACACUGGGAUUGCUGGCACCACAAGGGAACAUCUGGGGCUGGCCCUGGCCCUGAAAGUGCCCUUCUUCAUCGUGGUCAGCAAGAUCGACCUAUGUGCCAAGACCACAGUGGAGAGGACAGUACGCCAGCUGGAGCGGGUCCUCAAGCAGCCUGGCUGCCACAAGGUCCCCAUGCUGGUCACCUCUGAGGAUGAUGCCGUCACUGCUGCCCAGCAGUUUGCUCAGUCACCCAAUGUCACCCCCAUCUUCACAUUGUCCAGUGUGUCUGGAGAGAGUCUGGACCUCCUCAAAGUCUUUCUGAAUAUUCUGCCGCCACUCACCAACAGCAAAGAGCAAGAGGAACUCAUGCAGCAGCUGACAGAGUUCCAGGUGGAUGAAAUCUACACAGUACCAGAGGUGGGGACUGUUGUUGGAGGAACACUUUCCAGUGGGAUUUGCCGUGAGGGGGACCAGCUGGUGGUGGGCCCCACGGAUGAUGGCUGCUUCCUGGAGCUGAGAGUAUGCAGCAUCCAGCGCAACCGCUCUGCCUGUCGUGUGCUGCGAGCUGGUCAGGCUGCUACAUUGGCGCUUGGGGACUUUGACCGUGCACUGCUUCGCAAGGGCAUGGUGAUGGUGAGCCCGGAGAUGAAUCCUACCAUCUGCUCGGUGUUUGAGGCAGAGAUAGUCUUACUCUUCCAUGCCACCACCUUCCGACGAGGAUUCCAGGUGACAGUACACGUGGGCAACGUACGUCAGACGGCAGUGGUGGAAAAGAUCCAUGCCAAGGACAAACUGCGGACAGGCGAGAAGGCAGUGGUACGUUUCCGCUUCCUGAAACACCCAGAGUACCUGAAGGUGGGCGCCAAACUGCUGUUCCGGGAGGGUGUCACCAAGGGCAUCGGCCAUGUCACUGAUGUACAAGCCAUUACAGCAGGAGAAGCCCAGGCCAACAUGGGCUUCUGAACCCUUCAGGCAGGGACAGUUCUAUUGCUGUCCCUACAAUAUAUAAGGUGACUUCUGGCCAUGCUGCCCUGCCAUUGGCGGCUCUGUGUGUUAAUAGGCUAGGGAGAGAGGGGUGCUGUCUGCCACUUGCUCCCUGCCAACUUUCUGGAGAGGUGCCAAAUUUGGUGUGGCCAGGAAAGGGCAGUCCUGAGGGAGAAGACAGGAUUCAGGGCAGUGCUCAGAAGCUGUGUGCUCACCUGGUUGGCUCAUCAAACCUGGCAACCCUGUGGCCUGUCUGCCGGAGCUGACUGGAUCCACUCAUCAAUUCUUCGUCCCCACUACUAAGACUGGGCAUGUUUUGCUGGUGUGGUCUCUGCACUUCAGGAAUUAUCACAACAGGGGGUAGCCCUCAAAAGCACUCCUUUUUCUAUACCUCUUCUCAAGGCCAUGUAAGUUGCCCAUCUCUACCUGGCUGUGGACAAAAGGUUAUCUGCUCUUGGCCAUCUGGUGGUGGUGGCGGCCCAGAGUCUGAAGAAAUGGCACAGGGACAGUGAAUGGUAGUGUUGCCACCCUGUGCUGAGGCCUGAGGCCUCUUCCUCAGCUUUAUCUCCCUUUCCUUCACUCAAGGGCCAUUUCCCCAGUCCCUAUCUCCCCCAUCCCCUCCCGGCUUAUAGGCCCCACAGGUGCUAUUUGUUGUGCUGGCCCAGGCGUGGGGCUACCAAGCAAAGGCUUGGCAUAUACCAAAGGCCAGCUGCAUGCCCAUCAGUCUGGUCUUUUUCCUCUGCGGUCAUGUUGGCUUUCAUGCUGGAUCAAAUCUUUUACUUUCCCAGACUGGUGGCAUCUGAGUUCCCCAUCCUACCACUCUCACCCCACUUUCCUGCCCCACCUAAACCCUCGUUUUAGUAAUUUGUAGUGACUGUUCCCUUCCCUCUGUUGAAGGGAACCAGGAGGAAAGGGAAAGAUGUUGCCAUAUUUCCUACUCUUUAGGCAUGGACUCUCCUUUCCCUUUGUUAGUGUCCUGGGUUCCCAUGGACUCAGGGAUUUGUUGGCUGAGGUUUCUCUGUGCAUAUAUAUAUAUACAUAUGUAUAUAUAUUUAAAUACACAUAUAUAUUGUACAGAAUAAAAAUGUUUUAUUGAA